GUGCAAUGGCAGAGAGAACCAAACUGGAAUCUUACAUCGUGUUUUCUAUGUUAAACACAUUUGCAUUUAGUAUCCCAGCUCACUGGGCAUGGGCUGAUAAUGGCUGGCUCACGUCGAUGGGAGUUAUAGACGUUGCUGGAGCUGGACCGGUGCAUAUAGUCGGUGGUACGACAGCAUUAAUUGCAGCUUUGAUGCUUGGACCUCGCAAAGGUCGAUUUUUAACCUCGAACCCGUCAACUUUUGGUUCUCCAACCAACGCUGUUCUGGGGAUGUUCAUGCUUUGGUGGGGUUGGCUAGGUUUCAACUGCGGCAGUACUUUCGGUAUUUCCGGAACAAAGUGGAUACUGGCAGCAAGAUCAGCAGUAUCAACUAUAACGUCUUCAGUGGCUGGUGGGCUCACGGGUCUUCUACUCAG